UCACAAUUUCCCAUCCCAACCUCUACCACACUAAUCAUUUUCUCAGAAAAAAAACCCAGAGGAUCAAAGUCAUUAACGCUCAAACAACAAAAACAGAGGAGAAAAGGAAUCACAUCUCAUUCCAUUCCAGCAUAGGAAAUCUUCCGCAGUCACUGGUGCGAAAUGAAGAAAGAAGCAAAGAGAGAGAUGAGCAUAGGAGACUCGGCAGAAUUGGAAGAGAACCUUCCACUCAAAGACCGCCUGAAAGCGUUCAAGAGUUCCAGCUUCGAUCCUGACGCUUAUUUCACCACACGAUGCCAGACCAUGAAUGAGAAGGAAAUUCGUCACCUCUGUUCCUAUCUUAUAGAGCUCAAGAAAGCCUCCGCCGAGGAGAUGCGGAAGAGCGUUUACGCCAAUUACGCCGCCUUCAUCCGCACAUCAAGAGAGAUCACGGAUUUGGAAGGGCAGCUUCUCUCGAUGAGGAAUCUAUUGUCGAAUCAGGGAGGUCUGGUUCACGCAUUGAACGAGCAGGUCCGCAUCGAUUCGUUGUGGGUAGGCACCGAUCAAACCCUAAAGGAGGAUCUCUCCCAGAUAGACAAGAUGGAGCUUUCCAAAACAGAGGAAUGGCUGAUGGAAUUCUCAAACACAUUGGACGUUUUGCUCGCCGAGAGGCGAAUGGACGAGGUCAUGAACGCACUGCUCAAGGGAGAAAUGCUUGUUGAAGAUGCCAGCGACACCCCGGAGACGAACCCUAAAUUUCUCGUGGCGAUGCAGGCUUCGAUCACUGAGCAAAGGAUGAGGUUCGCUGAUCAACUUGCGGAGACAAUCAGCCAGCCAUCUACUCGGAGAUCGGAGCUUCGGUCCGCUGUUCAAGCUCUCAAGAGGCUCGGGGAUGGCCCUCGUGCUCACACGUUGCUUCUUCAAUACCACCAGAAGAAGUUGCAGUCUUCUAUGAGGAACAUUCGUUCUUGUAACAGCUCGCAUGGAGGUGGAGGAACUUAUGCCACCGUGCUUUCUCAGUUUGUUUUCUCCACGAUAGCUCGGGCAGCUAGUGAUUGCAUGUCUGUGUUUGGGGAUGAGCCUGCUUAUACAUCUGAGCUUGUGACUUGGGCUGUCAAGCAAACCGAGGCGUUUGCUCUUCUUCUCAAGAGGCAUGUUCUGGCUUCCUCUGCUGCUACUGGUGGUCUUCGAGUUGCUGCGGAUUGUUUGCAAGUGUGUUUGGGACAUUGCUCGUUGCUUGAAGCUCAGGGACUUGCACUUUCUCCUGUUCUGUUGAGAAUCUUUAGGUCGAGCGUCGAGCAGGCAUUCCAUUCGAAUUUGAAGAAGAUUGAGCAUAGCACUACUGCAUUGGCUGUUUCGGAUGAUUGGGUGUUAUCCUUUUCACCUGCGAAUGGAAAGUCUAUGUCUUCUUCCGCUGCUAGUAACUCGGUUGGAUCACAACCAAAGCUUUCAUCCAGUGCCAACAAAUUCAACUCAAUGGCUCAGGAAUUCCUGGAGGACAUAGUGCCUUUGGAGUGCCUUCAUUUGGAUGGACCGGCAUUGGAAGGCGUUCAACGUGCCUUCAACUCGUACGUCGAUUUGUUAAUCCAAGCAUUGCCAGGUUCGACGGAGACUGAAGAUCACUUGGAAGGUUGUGGCAGGAUUGUUCAGCCAGCAGAGACUGAAAUCCAACAGUUUGCAUUACUAGCAAAUGCGUCAUUGUUGGCAGAUGAACUACUACCACGUGCUGCGAUGAAGCUUCUGUCAUCCUCCAACAACAAAGUGGAUGAACAACAACAACAACAACAAUCCAAGAGGGGAUCCGAAAGGCCAUCUCAUCUCCCAGAGCAAAGGGAAUGGAAGAGGAAGCUUCAACGCUCCGUCGAUCGAUUAAGAGAUAGCUUCUGCAGAUUACACGCACUGGAGCUUAUAUUUACAGACGAAGGUGACACCAAUCUGAAUGCACACAUCUACACUAGUAUGGAUGACCACACUGAAGAGCCAGAAUGGUUUCCAUCUCCAAUUUUUCAGCUUGUGUUCACAAAAAUUACUACGUUGGCAAGCAUAGCAACAGAUGUAUUUGUGGGUAGGGAAAGGUUUGCAACUGUUCUAUUGAUGAGACUCAUGGAGACUAUAAUCCUUUGGCUCUCUGAUGAUCAAGCAUUUUGGGAAGAGAUUGAGCAGGGAGCCAAACCUUUAGGACCUUUUGGCCUUCAACAGUUAUAUUUGGACAUGGAGUUUGUGUUGAUCUUUGCAUCCCAAGGUCGUUACUUGUCCAGAAGUCUACACCAAGUCAUUAAGGACAUCAUAGCAAGAGCAAUCGAUGCUGCUGCUGCUACCGGUGUCGAUCCAUACAGUGUGUUGCCCGAGGAAGAUUGGUUCAAUGAGGUCUCUCAGAUAGCAAUCAAAAUGUUGACGGGGAAAGGAAACUUUGGAAGUGUGGAGAGGGAUGUUGCCAGCCCUACUGCUUCUAUCUCUGCCUCUUCUGUCAUCUCAGAUGCCAACUAGUUACUUUACCUCUUCAUCCUCAUAACCAGUUCUAUAGAGUUGUUCUAGUACAUGGAAAAAAUAGUUCUGAUUCCUUCAUUUUUUGUUUCAACCAGAAGGCCUUUCAGUGUGGUAAGUUAGAUAAUUGGGAGCCGAAUCUCCAGACAAUGCCAUUUUGGGUAUGGGCUUUGACACUACAAACAAUAGGUCUAGACUCAAAUGUUUGUUUUCAAUGAGUAACAAAAUUCAACUCUGAGAUCCUUGCUAAGAAUUCCAAAAUAGUUGGUGGGUAGCUGAAAAAAGGACAAAGAAAGAAACAUGAGAAUAGAAAGGAAAGGAAUUAGAAAGAAAAGAGUUGGAAAGCAGCAAGAGAGCAAGAUGAACCUUGUAAUUGCCACAAUCAUGGGAAAGAAGUUAUUUAAUAUAUAUUCCUCUAGCUUUGGGCUGGAAAAAGCUCUGUACAGUACCAUUUGGAUAAUGCCAUGCAGUUGGCACUUAGGCCCCAAAGCCAGAGCCAAUGAACCAAAAAACAAAUAAGAAAAUAAAAAUAAUCAAGAGAGGAGAUUCUGAUUUCAGCAGCUUUGCUUUGGUUGUAU